AUGUCCUCUGAGGCACCCGCACCCAGCAAGAAGGCCACCGAGCCCAUCCUCUACGGGUUCCCUUCGACCGACGACCUCUCGCAGGCCCUCGCCAACUUCGUCCUCGCGGCGCAGGACGAGGCGCUGAAGAAGCAGGCGACGUUCAAGAUUGCCAUCUCUGGCGGCUCGCUGCCCAAGGUGCUCGGCAAGAACUUGAUUGGCCGCUCCGACGUUCCGUGGGACAAGUGGGAGGUCUUCUUCGCUGACGAGCGCGUCGUUCCCCUCGACCACGAGGAGUCCAACUUCCGCCUCAACGACGAGAACCUCUUCACCCAUGUCCCCAUCCCUCGCCAAAAUAUCCACGUUAUCGACACCUCGAAGCUCGACGACCCCGAGGCGGUCGCGGACGACUACGAGAAGCAGCUCGUCGCCUCCUUCGUCGGAUCCAGCUCUAUCGCCUUCCCUCGGUUUGACCUCGUUCUUCUCGGCAUUGGCCCCGAUGGCCACACCUGCUCGCUCUUCCCUGGCCACCCUUUGCUGAACGAGAUGGACGGCUGGGUCGCCUGGCUCGACGACUCGCCCAAGCCUCCCCCCACGCGCAUCACGCUCACCUACCCCGUCCUGAAUCACGCGCACCGCGUCGCGUUCGUCUCGUCGGGCGAGAGCAAGCAGGAGAUUAUGGAGAAGGUGCUCGACCACCCCGAGGAGGGUCUUCCGGCGAGCAGGGUCAAGGUCAUCUCGCCUGGCCGGGUCUACUUCUUCUCGGACGAGGCGGCCCUCGGACGCGUCAAGUACGAGCGUACCAAGUUUGAGGACUCGUCAAAACUCUGA